ACACUUAAGUUUCACUAGUCUACGAACAGCAGAAAGACUAGCUAACCUCUUCAGCAUCAUCAACACUUCUCUGUUCUGCAAUGGCUACUACAUCAAUUAUUGCAACUGGGUUCAAAGGAGGUCUUGGCUCUUCCUUCCAUGGAAGUUGGGGUACUUCCUUGGCUGGUGAAGACUAUGCUUCAGUGGCGAAAUCGGUUCCGAGAUGGGUUCGAGUGGGUAAACCCAUACGGUUGCAACCAGUUAUGAAGAACGUCAAUGAAGGAAAGGGUCUCUUCGCACCAGCAGUUGUUUUAACCCGCAACAUCAUCGGGAAGAAGCGAUUCAAUCAGCUUAGAGGCAAAGCCAUCGCCUUACACUCACAGGUAAUCACUGAAUUCUGUAAAUCAAUUGGAGCAGAUGCAAAACAAAGACAAGGACUGAUUCGACUGGCAAAGAAGAAUGGAGAAAGGCUUGGAUUUCUGGCUUGAUGAAUUAUGUUGUAUUUUUCAUUUUUCUUUCUUCAAACAUCUCCAUGGAACAUUGUUCUAUAUUAUAAUUAAGGAAUCCCAGAAUCUAGAUGUGUAUAUUCCCUGGGAUCAGAUUGUAAACUACACGAGUUAAAAGAUCUUCCCCUAUUCCAUAUGGUAUUCCAUUUUCUUCUCAAUCGCUUAUC